AUGAUGCAAACAACAAGAGGACUAGCAACAUUUGCGAGACUUUUAAGUCAUGAAAACCCUUUAGGUCUUCCCAAGUUCACGAAAAGCGGAGCAGGUCCCGCCACUAAGGGCCUCCCAAUAAAACAGUACAUCCCUAAUGUGAAGAAUAUCAUUCUAGUCUCAUCGGCUAAAGGUGGUGUUGGAAAAUCAACUGUAUCUGUAAACACCGCUUUGGCCCUUCAGAAGCUUGGCCGGAAAGUUGGAUUAUUGGAUGCUGAUAUAUUUGGUCCGUCAAUUCCCAGAUUGAUGAACUUGAAAGGUGAGCCAAGGUUAUCGCAAACUACGGGUAAGUUGUUGCCCUUGUCCAACUACGGAGUUCAAACAAUGUCGAUGGGCUAUCUCAUCAAAGAUGAACAGGCCGUGGUGUGGCGUGGAUUGAUGGUGAUGAAAGCCAUACAGCAAUUACUAUUCGAUGUCGAGUGGUCGUCUAUAGAUUACUUGAUAAUAGACAUGCCACCCGGCACAGGUGAUACCCAGCUAUCCAUAAGUCAACUACUAAAUGUUUCUGGGGCACUUAUAGUAACCACUCCACAAGAUAUUGCGUUAAUUGAUGCUGUGAAAGGGAUUACAAUGUUUAACAAAGUUGACAUACCAUUAAUUGGAAUCGUGCAAAACAUGAGUCACUAUAUUUGUCCUAAUUGUAAUCAUGAGUCUCACAUAUUCAAAAGUAAUGGUGCAGAAAGAGUGGCGAAAGAGAACGGUAUAGAGGUAGUCGCUAAUGUUCCCUUGAAUGAGAAGAUUUGCCUUCAGUCCGAUUUAGGCAAGCCAGUAGUAGUGUCAGAUCCGGAAUCCAAAAUUUCCAAAGAUUAUUUUGAUAUUGCAAAAGCCGUAGUGAAUUUUGGAAAAAGAGACGCCACAAAUGUUCAAUAA